AUGUUUCAUACAUUUGAAGGGUUCGAGAAUCCUACAUCCACGACACCGGCCAAAACUCGCCCUGUUACUGAGCGUCGCGAGUCAGUAAGCCGCCGGGUUACAACUUUGCGGGCAUGUACAUCGUGUCGACAUCGGAAGAUCAAAUGCGAUGGCGAAAAACCAUGUGAGGCUUGCAGAUGGUACAAGAAGGCCGACCAGUGUCAUUACUCUGAUCCUCGACCCUCUAGAAGGUUAGUAUCAAUAUUUUCCAUGCGCAAAGGACAUGUCGAGAAACUUUCCACGACCUUAGAUGAAUAUCGGGUUAUCUUGGGAAGGUUAUUCCCCAAUAUACCGCCUGAAUCACUUGUCAAUCUUUCUCGAGAAAAACUACUUGAACUCACAUCAGCAUCUUCGUCGUCUGUUCAGGUGCAAACUCACAUGCAACAUGCUGCUUCGCCUUCAACCUCUGGGUCUAUGGAAGCCCAUGUAUCCCCAUUAUCCCAUGAAGAUGACAACCUUGAAUCCCUUCAAAGUAUGCCGGAAGAGCUGGAAGGCGCCCGCCAUGGACAUCACAUAGACUUAGUGGAGGGCGUCUCUGACGACGUAAAUGCACUUUCCCUAUCGUCGAGGCAACCUUCAUCUUAUCUUGGAGUUUCGUCUAUUCAAGCUGUCCUUAAGGUCAUAUUAUGGCUUGAUCCAGGUUGUGCCUCUUUCUUUGCCCGAACACCACCCAUUAACUCGCGUGAUGACAUCCCUCUUGAAUUCGACUCUCAGAGUACAUGGCCGCCUCAACCACCAAUGACUCCUCCUCAACCCUCUAUCGCACCUACUGAAAUGCAGAUGUUGGAUGCAUACUUUCUUUACUUCCAUGCGUUUGCGCCGAUGAUUGAUGAACAGCGCUUUCGCGAAACCUAUAUGACUGGCCAUCGCAAAGAUGAUCACUGGCUUUCACUUUUGAAUAUCGUUUUAGCACUGGGUAGUGUCGCUGCCACGAGUCCCGACGACCUAACCCAUCGAACGUACUUCUUACGUUGCAAGAGUCACUUGGGCCUAAGUUCUCUUGGCAGCUCUCACCUGGAAACUAUCCAGGCUUUGGGUCUAAUUGGUGGAUGGUAUUGUCACUACAUUAGCCAACCAAACCUGGCUUACUCCGUGCUUGGUGCAGCUUUGCGAAUGGCAGCCUCACUGGGGCUACAUAAAGAGUUUGCUGAAAGCCGACAGGUUCCAAGUCAAGCUAAAUUAGCAUCGAUGGAUCUAAAACGGAGAGUGUGGUGGUCUCUCUUUGUGAUGGAUACCUGGGCAGGUAUGACGCUGGGUAGGCCUAGCAUGGGGCGCUUCGGUCCGUAUAUCACGGUCAAGCCCCCAAACUCACGAGACAAGGAAAACUUCCUCGACAUUCUUCCGCUCGUGGAGAAUAUUCGAUUUGCAAAAAUUGCAACCCAGGUUCAGGAAUUACUGGCUGCUGCACCACUGGUCAAACAUCAUGAAAUGUCUCAUGCUGAUACUCAGCUUCUUGAUUGGUGGGAAAACUUACCUCCUAUUCUGAAAGAUCACGAGCCUUGUUCCGACUCAAUUAGUACAGUCCGCACAGUCAUGAGGUGGCGAUACCAUAACCAGCGCAUGCUGAUAUAUCGACCUACACUCCUAAACUAUGCUAUGCGGCGCGUCCCAUACAUUGCACUUCGAGUUGAAGAACGCACGGCCAUUGAAAAGUGCCGCGAGGUUGCUGAGCUAUCCAUCCAGAACAUAGCCGCCACAGCACAGCUCAAUCAGCUAUGUGGCUGGAAUGCCGUUUGGUGGACAUUUCAGGCUUCCCUAGUACCCCUUGUCGGAUUGUUCCUUAACGACCCCACAUCUGAUGAUCCUCGGGCCUCGAUAGAAUCUUGUCGAGCACAAGUUGAAACUGCGAUGGCCACUCUAGCGCAAAUGUCCUCCAUUGGCCAUACAGCAAAGCGUUCCUUAGAUGCCGUGUCGCGUAUAUACGAAGCUAGCAAACGUGGUGAACAUCUGACCACUUCUAACGCGACCGGACCUGUCUUGACGAGCAUGUAUCCUGCUGGACGGGAUUUGAGUUCAAUGUUCUCGUCGUCUAUGCCUAUGGGAGAGAAUGGCAUGUCGGAUUCCCUCCCUGCUCCUUUCGUUGACGAAUCUGGUCAGUAUCUAUGGGAGUAUCUGAGCUGGAGCGAUAAUAAUCUCUGGCCUGGUAUCGAUCUUGAUCAGCGUAGUGAUGCGAUGGCUGUUUUGACGCCAGAUCACGAGAAGGGUCCGAAACUUGGAGCAGAGCCGUAUUUCGAGCCCUUCCCUGACUCCUAUUUUGUCAACCAACCUUUAUAUUAUUGA